GAUGGCGAAAUUUUCGUGAUUAACAAUUGAAAGAGGAAUGGAAACAAUUGGGGGACCUGUGGAUGUGGAUUAUCAUGGGAUUCUGUUGAAACUCACGACUGCAGGAUGUCCCAAAGAUCCAAACUCCAUCGAAUGCGAAGUGUUCGAUCUGCUCCCCGAAAAAUCAAAGAGAGAGAUAGAAGAAUCCUGCAACAAUGGAGGGGACACAGCUGCCAGUCGUAAAUACCUCCAGACAAUUCUCCACGUCCUGGAGGACCUCCACAGAAAUGUUCUAUCGAAAAGCGAGACAUUUAUGAGUGUCAACGAGUACAGAUGCGUGAAAACAGCGAUAGAACACACGAUAUCCAUCGGAAUCUUCCCCUGUUUGAUACCAGACAUUUCGAGAGAGCUGAGGGUCCUCUACCCCUCAGUCCUGAGUAUCCAAGAAGACCUGAAUGAUUUGGUUAAAUACAACAGACUAUCGACGACAGUGAGAGCUGUGUUGAGCCUGUUCUCAGAGAUUUCGUUGAGGCCAGCUAUUUUAACCCAACUGGGGCCCCUCCUGGGGGCUCUCGUCCAGCUGUCCCACGCGCCUCUGACGAAGCCAAAGCCCCCGGAGACCCCUGAACCCUCAAACUUCCAGAUGUCCCCAGAACUCUACGAGAAAUUGCAAAAAGAUCAGAUGGAAUUCAAGGGCAUUCUCGGUGACACUAUAACCAAUUGUCCUCAGUCUGCAGUUAUAAAAGAGCUGAUGGUCCUCUUCGGCCUCCAGAACAUCCCCCAGUGGGUCAAGAGAAACGUUAAACUCUACUUGAUCAAUUUGAUAAAGGAACCGACAGGAGUUUACUCCCUAAUAACAGCCACCUGCCAGGACACUGUGGACCUGGGAAUCCACUGGGACAGACUGGACACAAUAUCGAAAUUGAUAGCCCUGAAUCACGGGAAUAAUCCUGAAGAGUAUUACUCAACCGUUUGCUAUCAACUCCUGGAACUUUUGUCGUCGACUGCUGCGAGGAACUCCUCGGAGAUGGCUAGAACGUGCAUAAGAGCUCUUCAAGAGGUUCACCCUGAGGUCUGCAGGGUUAAAAUCAUCGAGAAGAUUUGUGAACCACUUCUGAUAACUCGUGACACGUCCGACGUUCGACUGAGACCUAGAGGUGAGGCUGACGUGUCCAAGUGCUUGGAGAACCUCACGAAAUUGUUCAUCUCCACAGAUGCUAAAUUCAAGUGUCUCCCGGUGGAUUUGAUCUCCGAAACGGCAGUUCCUUUAUUCUGUAUUUACAGAAAAACAUGUCAUAGCCCUUGUGUUCUCAGGCUGAAAUCGAAGGAGUUGUUGAUUAAUCUGCUAAACUCAUUUGACUUGAGGGACAAAUUAUUUUGCGCGUUUCUGGGGCACGACAUUCACCCUGGAUAUUUCGGAGUGAGACUGAAGUUUGAAUUCGGUCCCUCAGGGGGUUUGGAGGCCACAGGAGAAGUUGAGGAGAGCAGUCCAGAGGAUUCAGCAGACUGUCUCCUCGAUCUCGUCAAAGAUUCUCUUGAUCUGCCCUGGCACCUCUUCAAUUACUCUCAAUACUUCUUCUGCAAGACUAGAAGACGUGAGGCUGAUAUUCUGGACCGAUUGGAGAGUCAGUUGGUGGUGAUGAAGCUGCUGCUGACACUGGCAAACUGCAAAUGCGUCCAGGAACAUCAGCUGAGGCAUCCGGAGCACCUCAUCGGGUUCAUAACGGAAUUAUUUGAUGACUCUUUCGUGUCUCGAGACGAUGACGAUCACGUGGAUAUUCUCUAUGUCAGUUUGAUGCUGAUCAAGGAGAUAGUGGCGGAGAGAAGGAAGCCGAGGGAGUGGAGCUGGACACCUUUCGAAAAUUUAUCGAGAUUUCUGAAGGAGAAGCUGGCCACCUGGGAGUGCCCAGAGAAUCUGAAAUCUCUCAUUGACGAGGUACAACGAAUCGUCAGGCAGAGGGGGGUCUCCCCUCGUUUCGAAGACCUCAGUGUUGACGAGAAGAAUGAAAGUGCUUUCGAUAAAGCCCUGAAGGACCUGACAGAUCCACUGCUGCCAGUCAGAGCUCAUGGGUUGAUCACUCUGACCAAAUUAAUCGAGACGUCGAGCUCAACGAUCACUGGGAAAUCAGAUCUGCUGGUUUAUCUGUUCCAGCAGAACCUCAGAGACGAGGAUUCCUUCAUUUAUCUAGCGUCGAUCAAUGGACUUUGUGCACUGGCACUGAAAUUUCCACAGAAGGUCAUCGGAAUUUUGAUACAGGAGUUCACGGAUAUGACGAGAGAGUCGGAUUCUACUGGGGUGGCACCGGAAAAUCGCGCUAAACUGGGGGAAAUUCUGGUGAAGACCACGCGAAUGCUGGGGGAGAUGGCACCAGCCUACAAGAAUACUCUGAUAAACGGCUUUCUUUGUGCUAUUCGAGACGCAGAUCCCAUGGUUCGUGCCUCCAGUUUAUCGUGUCUGGGGGAGCUCUGCAAAGUCCUGGGAUUUGCUCUUGGAAAUGCUGUAAUUGAAGUUCUUUAUUGCAUCGGCUGUAUCAUUGAAACAGACAAAUUUCCGGAAUGUCGACGGGCUGCUGUUCUAGUGGUCACUUUGCUCAUUCGGGGUCUCGGUAAAGAUGUACUGGAAAAUCUGGACAGUCAACUUUUGCCUGUUUAUCGUGCCCUCAAGCACCUCAGGGAUAAUGACGAUGAUCCUGUUUUGAGGCUUCAUGCACAAUUAGCGCUGGAGGAGCUCGAUGACGUCGUAAAGAGGCUUUUAUUCGAAAAACCUCAGCUUGAGAAGAGAAUUUUUUUGCUGAGGUGAUGGGAAAGAGAGAGUUUACGACUGUCUGUGAUGCUUCAUGAAAAAUUAUUCAAAAAAUCUUAUUCUUUAUUAAUAAAACGAUGAUAUUUUUCUUUUGACAUGGGUUAGUCUAGAUUUCAUUGGUGGAUUGAGACCGUGAAUUAACAAACUUAAUUAAUAGCUAUAGCUAAUCAAUGAAAAUUGAUGAUUUCGCCUUUGAAAGAUUUUUUUUUUUUUUUUUUUUUUUUU